CGACGUGGGCUCAGGAGUAGCGGUUGUAUAGGAAUUAGCAUGGCGCAGCGUAGGCAGCGGCGGGAUGGGCAAGCGGGAAUGAUGGAAGGAGCGUUGCUUGCGCGGUAUCUUCGCCAGCGGAGACGAGGUGGCCUUGCCCGUAACCGGUUCAUCCUGGCACCCUGACCCUGACGUGACUGACGACGUGACGCUCGCAUUUGAGUAGCGCUUGAGCAGACUCGAUUGCGAGUUUGCUUUCCUGAGCAUCUUCGAUGAACCAUAGGAGGGACCUCCACUGCUUUCCGACGCCAGCUCCUCUCCCCGCAUCGUGGACGACAGCGAAAAUUUGCUUGUGGACGCCAUGUGGAGCUUCUCAAAGCUGAGUUCACGCACAGUCCGCGACGGGCUCGACGGCACGUCAGGGUGCCCACGAUCCUUCUCCCUCCGCUUCGCUGCCUUGCCCUUGCGACUGUGCUUCAUGCUCUGACGCAUGAAUUGAUUGAUCAUGUCGCCGGAGUCAAAAUCGACGCUGGGUGCGAAGCUCAUGCUAGAUGAACUAGACGAUGGCACAUCCGGGAAUGCUGCGAGAUCCUCGAAGGAAUCUCCAAGGCCUGAUGGUACUGGAGAAGACGGAGGGGGCGGUAGAUCGGCGGAAGGUGGUAUGCUGCUCAGGGGAGGCAGCUGCACCCUGGAGGACGACGCCUUGCGCACCACGACCAAUGGGCGGGUCGAAUUGGGUGAUACUGGCGAGUCAGUGCUUGUCACAGUAGACGAGCGCGACCGGCUGAAAAUCACCGGAGAGGGGGACGGCGCGUUGGACGAAGGCGUAGUCGCAAUCGUCAUACCUCUGGCCCUUGCGGGCUGCCCACGAGAGCGAGGAAGGAAGAAAUGGCUAUUGCUGGGUGGUGGGUCACUCAGACGGUUCUGGGGGUCGCUGGUGACGGUCGAUGAAGAAGAAGAGUUCGAGCCAGGCGUCUGCCGGCGAGAAUGCUCAUGCUCGGGCACUAACAUCGGAACAUCUCUCCCACGCAGAGAGUUCUGCCGUAAUCGUUCUGAUCCGCUGCUGAAGAGGUACAAUGCUCGUGCUCACCUAAGAGACGGGCCUAGCCGCGGAGACGUCAGUCGUGAGGACUGGCCUUCUGAAGAGUGCCCAUGGGAGUUCGACGACGAAGACCCGUACGAUAUGCGGUUAUGGAACAUGGUGUCUCUGGUCUUGCAAUUAGGGUCGAGCAUGGAGGUGUCAGAAUAA